CAACAUGGAGGUUACAUCUCUCUGCAUCAGACUGUUGAUGACUAUGUUGUUGCUGCUGGUCGCACAAGUUAACUUCAAUUAUUCUCAAAAAGCUGAUGCAUCUUUUCCUCGGGUUGUUCCAAACAGACAGCAGCACUUUGAAUAUGAGUCCAUAGUUGUCAGCUGUGAGGGACUGGAGGGACUGAGUGGAUGGAGAGUGAUGAGGAAGAUUAAAGGAGUUAUUAAAACAUGUUCUUCUACCUGGUCGACAUCGACAGGACCCUGCACAAUUAAUAAUGCCUUUCCAGCGAUUGACAGUGGAGAAUACUGGUGUGAAAUGGGAGUAAAGAAAAGCAACACUGUCAACAUCACAUUCACUGCUGGCUCUGUGAUCCUGGAGAGUCCUGUCCUUCCUGGGAUGGAGGGGGAAGCUGUGACUCUGAGCUGCAGACAGAAGCAGACGUCCACCAAUCUCACCACUCAAUUCUUUAAAGAUGGUCACCUCAUGGAGAAGAGUUCUACAGGAAUCAUGACCAUCCAUAAUGUUUCCAAGUCUGAUGAAGGACUCUACAAGUGCAGAAUCUCUGCAGUUCGAGAAUCACCAGAGAGCUGGCUGGCUGUCAGAGCUGUUUCAGUGAUCCUGGAGAGUCCUGUCCUUCCUGUGAAAGAAGGAAACAAUGUGACUCUGAGCUGCAGAAAGGAGACAGCUUUUUCCCACCUCCCAGCUGAUUUCUAUAAAGAUGGCCGCCUCAUCAGGAGCAGCUCUACAGGAGAGAUGACCAUCCACAGUGUUUCCAAGUCUGAUGAAGGACUAUACAUGUGCAGAAUCUCUGGAGCUGGAGAAUCACCAGAGAGCUGGCUGGCUGUCAGAGCCCCUUAUAGAGAGACUUGUCCCUCCUCAGAUCACUUCAGGACUGUGUUCACCAUAGUGACGGUGGCUCUGCUGCUGCUGGUGGGACUGCUGCUCUCUGGGAAACUCAGAGUCAAACACAAAUACCUGAUACUCAUGUGUAAAGGUAAAGGUAGUUUUGAUGUCGAGAACAUCCCAUCCUGA